AUGGCUGGUGCUCGCGAAGAAACGACGGCGGGCGCGGUGACGGCAUUGGCCACGCCGCGCAAGCACACUGCCUAUAUCGCUCUGGGCAGCAACAUGGGCGACCGCAUCACUUGGAUCGAGAAAGCCUGUAGCGAGAUGGACGCCCGCGGCAUCAAGGUCACCCGGACCAGCUCCCUGUGGGAGACGGAGCCCAUGUACGUGCUAGACCAGGAUAGAUUCAUCAAUGGGGCCUGCGAGGUUGAGACCACCCUCGAGCCUCUGGCCCUCCUGGACGCCCUGCAGGACAUUGAGAAUUCUCUGGGCCGCAAGAAGGUCAUCGACAAGGGGCCCCGCAACAUCGACCUGGACAUUCUCCUUUACGAGAACCUCAGUGUCGACCAUGACCGUCUCAAAAUUCCUCACAUUGGUAUUGCCGAGCGCGAGUUUGUCCUAAAGCCCCUGGCCGAGCUCAUCCCCGACAAGCCCAUUGACCACACCCGGCCCUGGACGCUAACCCGGGACUACCUGGACGCACUUGCGCCGGUGGCCGAUCCGGCGCUGACCACCAUGACGCCGCUCUCUGCACACCACCCGCCGAUUCAGGCGCUCAAACCGUCGCGCAAGACGCACGUCAUGGCCAUCCUCAACAUGACGCCCGACUCUUUCUCGGACGGGGGGCAGCACGUCGCGGUGGAUGAAUCCGCCCUCCUGUCGACCAUCACCGCCUUCCUCGACGCCGGCGCCACCAUGAUCGACAUCGGCGGACAGUCGACGGCGCCGAACGCGCCCGAGGUUUCGGCCGAAGAGGAGCUUGCGCGCGUCCUGCCCGCUGUGCGCCUGAUCCGGCGCCACUUUGCCGAGCGGCCCGUGCUCAUCAGCGUCGACACGUACCGCGCGUCUGUGGCAGCCGCUGCCGUCGCUGCGGGCGCCGACAUCGUCAACGACGUAUCGGGCGGCUCCAUGGACCCCGACAUGCUGCCGACGGCGGCGCAGCUCGGCACCACCAUCUGCCUGAUGCACAUGCGCGGCACGCCGGCGACUAUGAACUCGCUAGCGUCUUACCUGCCCGAGCAGGGCGGGCUGAUCGCAGGCAUUGCACGCGAGCUAGUGGCGCGAGUCGCCGCUGCCGAGGCCGCGGGCGUGCGCCGCUGGCGAAUCGUGCUGGACCCGGGCUUGGGCUUCGCCAAGCUCGGCCCGCAGAACGUGGACGUCCUGCGCCACCUCGACGAGCUCCGGCACUGGCCGGGCCUGCAGGGCCUACCGUGGCUCGUCGGCUCCAGCCGCAAGAGCUUCAUAGGCCGCGUCACGGGCGUGCCCACGCCGCAGGAGCGCAUAUGGGGCACCGCUGCCACCGUUGCCGCCGCCGUUCAGGGCGGCGCCGACGUCGUGCGCGUCCACGACGUGCGCGAGAUGGCCCAGGUCGUCGCCAUGGCCGAUGCCAUCUGGCGGUACUGA